CCUCAGUCAGCCUGCACAAGCCCUCAAGCAACCCAGUCCAAUCUCAACUCGAUCACCAUGACCCACCGUCUCCGGGUCGCAUCCAAGCUUCCCCGUAGCCAGCAAUACACGCCAGUCUCCAGUCCCCAUGCGCCAUCGCGUCCGUCCCCGGGGCCGGUCCGAGUCAUAUCUGCAACCCAGCAAGUUCAGAUUCGACUCUCAACCACAGCCAUAAUAACCCCAAGAGAGAAGACCCUCCUGGCCAAAGAGGCCGCAGCAUCUGGCUCACCACCACUGACUUGGCCACACAAAGGAUGGGACGACAAGGUGGUGCUGGAGGUAGUUCCUAGCCAUCGGAAGCCACGAACACUGAGUGACCGAAUCGCAUGGCGAAUGAUCAGGGCUUGCAGGUGAGUGCCUCUUCGUUCCCUUUUCAGUCUUCGCCGCUGUAUCACGGCACGCCACUAACCAGCCUCUAGAUGGGGAAUGGAUUUCCUCACCGGGAUGCCGUCCGAGCCAACGGCGGACGCCAAGCACCGUAGCGCGACCGCUUAUAGGCCGAUGACGGAGUCCCAAUGGGUGAGCCAAUCUGACUAACUCAUUU